AUGCCACCAAGGCGGGCCUCCGCCGCCGCCGCCGUAGCACCCGCCGCGAGUGCGAGCAGACCGAGUGCACAGCCCAAGCCAAAGCCAACUAGGGAGACGGUUGAUGAUGGCGGCUCUGAGGCGACGACAAAGCCCGUGGGGGACUCUUUCGAUGAGUUGCUAAGGACAUAUUACAAGGGCAAGCACUUGGCGGACUCGAUCAGCACGGCCGAGGAUAAAUGGACCUUACUACCAAUGUUCCUGAAAGUUAAGGGCUUGGUGAAGCAGCACAUCGACUCGUUCAACUACUUUAUAGACGUGGACCUAAAGAAGAUCGUCAAGGCAAACGAGAGGGUGCUAAGCGAUGCGGAUCCGCAAUUCUUUCUCCGCUACCUGGACAUCCGAGUCGGGACGCCGGAGCGCUUGGACAUCGAGAGCAAUGCUGAGAUUACACCCAACGAGUGUCGAUUGCGGGACCUCACAUAUGCGGCGCCUAUAUUCGUCGAUGUGGAAUACAGCCGCGGGAAGCAGAUCGUGCGGAAACGGGCGGUGAACAUCGGACGGCUGCCUAUCAUGCUGCGCAGUAAUAAGUGUGUGCUGAGCGGCAAGGGUGAGAUGGAUAUGGCCAAACUUAAUGAAUGUCCGCUGGAUCCCGGGGGUUACUUUGUUGUCAAUGGGACGGAGAAGGUCAUCCUUGUGCAGGAGCAAUUGAGCAAGAAUCGUAUCAUCGUGGAGAACGAUACCAAGAAGGGGGUUGUUCAGGCUUCCGUCACUUCAUCCACGCACGAGCGAAAGUCCAAGACUUAUAUCAUUUCGAAGAAGGGGUGUAUCUACCUGCGGCAUAACUCGAUUGUCGACGAUAUGCCGAUUGUGUUGGUUUUAAAGGCCAUGGGGAUCCAAUCCGAUCAUGAGAUAUUGCUGUUAGUUGCCGGAACGGAUAUGGUUUACCAGGAUACUUUCUCGAUAAAUUUUGAGGAGUGCUCAAGACUCAAGGUCUUUUCGCAGCAACAGGCGCUGGAAUAUCUGGGGGCUAGGGUUAGGAAGCAGAGAUUUAUCGGUCCCAUGAAGCAACGGACGACGGUUCAGGAAGCUCUGCAAUGUCUGGCGGAUAUUGUUUUAGCGCACGUUUACGUCGAGAAUUUGAACUUUAGGCCGAAGGCCAUGUACCUUGCAUUUAUGACGAGGAGGGUGGUGAUGGCUAUGACCGAUCCGUCCUUGGUGGAUGAUCGGGAUUACGUUGGGAAUAAGAGGCUUGAACUGUGAGUACAGUGAGCUCAUUUGUGACAAUUUAUAUCGCUGAUAUAUCGUUUACUACUAGUGCUGGGCAGCUCUUGUCCCUUUUAUUUGAGGAUCUGUUCAAAAAGUUUAACAGCGACAUGAAACUCAACAUCGAUAAAGUGUUGAAAAAGCCGAACCGGACAGAGGAAUUCGACGCGAGUACCCUGCUUUACACGGGUGCGAACCUGAUAACCCACGGCAUGAACCGGGCGAUAUCGACUGGAAAUUGGUCUCUGAAGCGUUUCAAGAUGGAGCGUGCGGGUGUCACUCACGUGCUUAGUCGGCUGAGUUAUAUAUCUGCCCUAGGAAUGAUGACGAGGAUAUCCUCGCAGUUCGAGAAGACUAGGAAAGUUUCCGGUCCUCGAGCUCUCCAGCCGUCGCAGUUUGGGCUAUUAUGCCCUUCUGACACACCCGAGGGAGAAGCAUGUGGUUUGGUGAAGAACUUGGCAUUAAUGACGCAUAUCACCACGGACGAUGAAGAAGAGCCAAUCAAGAAAUUGGUGUUUGCGUUGGGUGCCGAAGACGCGACUAUUCUUACCGGACAUGAACUUUAUGCUCCAGGGGCUUACAUCAUUUUUAUCAAUGGCACUCUUCACGGACUUACAAGGUUUCCCAUGAAGUUUCUACGAUCUUUCCGGAAGCUAAGAAGGACUGGAAAGAUUUCCGAGUUUAUUAGUAUUUAUGUUAAUCACCAUCAUAAUGGAGUUCAUAUCGCGACGGAUUGUGGCCGUAUUUGCAGGCCGUUGAUCAUUGUAGAGAAUGGACGGUCAAAGGUUACCCCGCGGUAUCUCAAGGUGUGUACUCUCAUGUCUGGAUAUCCGUUCUAUAGCUUACGAAGAUUUAUUGUAGUCCCUCGCAGGUGGGCGCACGGCAUUUGAAGACUUCUUGAAGAAGGGGCUUGUCGAGUACGUCGACUGCAAUGAGGAAAACGACGCAUAUAUAGCUGUAUACGAACAAGAGAUCACCGAAUCCACAACACAUUUGGAGAUAGAACCUUUCACUCUCCUCGGCGCAGUAGCCGGCCUGAUCCCAUAUCCACAUCACAACCAGUCACCCCGUAACACCUACCAGUGUGCUAUGGGUAAGCAAGCAAUUGGGGCAAUAGCAUACAACCAAUUCCUAAGGAUAGACACCCUUCUAUACCUCAUGGUCUACCCCCAGCAGCCAAUGGUCAAGACAAGAGCCAUCGAACUAAUCCAAUACGACAAGCUCCCCGCCGGCCAAAGCGCCAUAGUAGCCGUAAUGAGUUAUUCGGGUUACGACAUCGAAGACGCCCUGGUUCUGAAUAAAGCCUCGCUAGAUCGCGGUUUCGGCCGUUGCCAGGUGUUCCGGAAAUACUCAACCAUCCUACGCAAAUACCAGAACGGAGCCGCCGACCGAAUCGGUGACAUAAAGCGGGAACUUAGCAAGGACCCAGAAAACCCCGACGAGCUGGUUCCCAUCCGGAAGCACGCGGCUCUGCAAGCCGAUGGCCUCGCCGCUGUCGGUGAGAAGAUCUCCGCAGGGGAGGUGUACAUCAACAAGCAGACACCCGUGAACACCUCCAACGCGCCGACGCUGCUCAGCGAUGACCCGCCACUGGACGAGUACAAGGAUGCGCCCAUGACAUACAAGCUCUACGACCACGCUUACAUCGAUAAAGUCCUCGUUUCGACCUCAGAAUCUGAGCAGACGUUGAUUAAAGUGCUAACCCGCCAGACCCGGCGACCAGAACUCGGGGAUAAAUUCUCCUCCCGCCACGGACAGAAGGGCGUUUGCGGGAUCAUUGCGCGGCAGGAGGACAUGCCGUUCAGUGACGCGGGUAUCAUCCCGGACAUCAUCAUGAACCCCCACGGCUUCCCCUCCCGCAUGACGGUGGGGAAAAUGAUUGAGUUGCUAGCUGGUAAAGCAGGCGUAUUAUCCGGGAAGCUACAGUACGGGACGGCGUUCGGCGGGAGUAAAGUCGAUGACAUGGCCAGGAUACUGGUCGAUAAAGGAUUUAGUUACUCCGGGAAGGACUUUGUCACUUCUGGUUUGAGAACCCCUUUCCUUUCCUUCCCCCCACCCAGAAUACAUAACUUACAAUUGGCGGAAUCAGGCAUAACCGGGGAAGCCCUCGAAGCAUAUAUAUUCUUCGGCCCAAUCUACUACCAAAAACUGAAACACAUGGUUCAAGAUAAAAUGCACAGCAGAGCCCGUGGACCCCGUGCCGUAAUUCCCAUCACCCCACUCCUCCCCUCUUCAUACUAACCCCUUGUUACCCGAGCAGAUCCUAACCCGCCAACCAACCGAGGGCCGUUCCCGAGACGGUGGUCUCCGCCUCGGCGAAAUGGAGCGAGACUGUCUGAUAGCCUACGGCGCCUCCCAGCUCCUCCUCGAAAGACUAAUGCUCUCGUCCGACGUUCACGAAAUUGACCUCUGCGAGAUGUGCGGCCUCAUGGGCCACUCAAAUUGGUGCACCACGUGUCAGAGCUCCAAGGGCGUUGUCAAGAUGAAGAUACCGUAUGCCGCUAAGUUGCUCAUUCAGGAAUUGCUUAGCAUGAAUGUGCUCGCUAGGAUUCGGUUGGAGGAUAUUUUCCCUUAUGGGGAGGAAAAGUAGGUUGUUGAUAGAAAGGGGGAAGGGAGGGGCUGUGUACGAUGUAUAUGAUGAUGUUAAUACGGUGGGUUUGGCGAAUGGAUCGGUAGAUGGUAUGAUAUCGGUGUGUAUGAUAUAUGCUUUUCCAUGCUAUUAGGGCCAGCCCCGGGGCGCGGCAUCAUAAAUAGCUAUCGUGCGGCAAAUAUGAUAGGAAAUAAUAUGACUGCC